CAUAUUUUUCAGAUACAGAAUAUACUGCCCAUAUAUCUGCUGCUGGAAAUAAACAUAGCCAUGAGGAACUCGCACUUCCCGCACUACUACCACAGCCGCGGCAUGCAGCACGAGAUGCGGCACGACGACUACCAGCACUACGACAGCUACAGCAGCGACGGCCGCGUCAUGCGCACGCACCGCAAGAAGUACCACUACCGCAAACCCACCUCCGACGAAUCCGAAUCCAUCACCUGGGAGAACCUAAAGAGGGACAGAGAGCGGGACUGCCGCUGCAGCUGCUCACAGUGCAAAGCUAUACUCAAAGCGUGCUGUAGCGACUUCUGUUCCACGCAAUGUGGCACAUUCAACAAUCUAAUAGUCGUACCGUACCCUGUGCCUUUCGUGGUCCUCAACCAAUCAGAGACUUCCGCACCAAGAGCCAGAACCCCAGACACGACCGCAUCCACGGUCACGUCGACGGCCACAACCACGGCCACAACCACGAUACAGACGACCACGGCUAAAUCAACAACGUCCACUAAUAUCCCGAUGUCGAGAAGAACGGUGGCAGAAACAUCUUCAACUCUCUCAUACUUCGAACUAUCUAAAUUAAAACGCUUCCGCAUCAUACAUGACAAGAAGAAUAGAAGGAAUAUGGAUUACGAUUUGCACACGCCGAAGUUCGAUAAGUUACCAAAGUACGGCAUCGUGCCGAUACCUGAGAAGCUAGCCAUGAGCCUGAUGUCGCAGAUGAGAGCUAGUAAUAAAGGCCAAUUGCAACACAGGAUGGACCUAGACAAUAGGGCGCGACACGUUCAGCGUGACUUGACCUUUCAGAAGUCAGCGAGACUGCGCCGGAGUCGCGCGGGGUCACCAACGAUUUAUUUUUAGAGUUUAAAGUUCAAAAUACGACUGUUUGAAGACGCGAUGACCGUUCGCGCGAGCUUCCGUACAUGAUCGCGUUACUUAUUGGAAAUAGAUUAAAUGUGCAUCUUCUCGCUGUAUUCCUUAUAAGACUUUUCACAAAAUAAAGAUUGAUUGAAGAUUAUCGACAG